AAACCAUUUUUCGUAAAGCACCGGCGAACGAGAUGAUGCCCGAGGUCGACGACGAUACUUUGAGCGUUGCUUCCGACAGCACCUGCUCCGAGCACGGAGAGGACGACGAUGACGACAGAACCGCUUGUCGCCUGGCCGACAGCUUGGACCUCUCGGUGGCGUUUGCGACACCGCCCAAGGCGCACGCCAAAGGUCACACCAAGGCCGCCGUUUGUUUCGAGAAGGACCAGGCACCUCCGACGCAGCGCACGUUGCGUCACGCAGCACCCAUCGUGAGCGCCGUACCCAAGCACGCAGGGACGGUAGCGCCCACCAGAGUCAUCGCAACGGCCAAGCCUGGACCGACCGAGACCCUACGUGCUACCUCCGCAGUGCCGGCACCACAGGUGCACACUCUUCAGCCCGCGGUGCAGCCGUCGCUGGGUCGCCCGCUCCAGGAACUCGCCAAAACGUCACCACCCGCAGAGCUCACCAAGAAGCUACCGCCCGCAGAGCCCGUCCAGAGGACACCACCGCCGCAACUCGCCAAAAAGGCGCAGUUCACGGAGCCCGUCAAGAAAGCAAUGGAACCCACCAAGACGGCGCCCGUGGUGGUCACCAAACCUGCAGCGCCGACAGACAUCCGGGCGACGCGUCGGCCCGUGUCGCCAUUGAAGCCGGUGCAAGGAGCGAGCAUGUCAAUGGAGGAAGAUGCUUUACGUCGCGAAAUCGCCCAACUCGACUCGAAGCUCGGAGGGUUACGCCAGGACGUGGUCAGUUCAGACGAAGACGAGACACCGGUCGUCGCAGCGUAUGGCGGCGGCGCGCACGUGCGGGUGGGGACGCGCACGGCCCCGGGCGACCGGUGCUCGCUCGAGAAGCGACGAGCGACGGCGAGUGUGCAAGCAACGCGCGUUCGGAAAGGCCCAUGUAUCGAGACUCCGUCGUUGGAGAAGCCCGCCAAAGCCGACAAGGUUGUCGUCAAGAAGGAGUUUGCCUUCUUGUUCAUGUAAUCAUACUACCAUGUCGUCUCUUGAAAAAGGA